UUCCUACAAGCUUUACUGCUCUAUGGAUUGAGUUUGGUCUCUGUUUUCGAUUCUCAGUCUCAGACUAUGGUGGUCCGUAUUGGGGAUACCAUCUCCUUGCAGUGCUCCAAUGUUACAAGGGUUGUGGGUAACACAGCCUGGUUCAAGCAAGUCAACGGAUCAGAGCCUGUGUGUAUCUCGUCUAUGUACUUCUUUAAUUCAACACCUGAUCUCCACAAUGCUUUUCAAAGGAGCCAUUUGGAAAUGUUCAGCAACAACACCACUAUCUUUCUCAAAAUCACACAAGUGGGAGUAGCUGACUGUGGUCUGUAUUUCUGUGGAUUGUUUCCACAGAGCCACAUGUUCUUUGUCAACGCAACAUAUCUAAAAAUUCAAGGGCACAAUGGAGGUGAGGAAAACCCAGAGUCAUCUAAAGAUGGAGAGUGUAAUGGAACUAUCAGUCCUGUAGCAGAGGGUGAUGACAUAGCAGAGGAUGAUGAUGGAACCAUGUGCCUCCUUCCCCUGGUUGUGAUCCUAGGUGUUGUGACUGCUGUUCUACUGAUAGUCAUCCUCAUCCUGGUCCUCAAGAUCAGACGAGACUCAAAAACACACAACACAGAUAUCGGGGCUCAACUGCAGCCACAAAAUAGCCAGGACCCAGAUUCUCUGAACUACACAGCACUGAGUUUCUGUCAGAAGAGGUCCAGAAAUAAGAAGACACCUAAAGGUCAAAUGAUGGAGAUGGAGCCAAAUGUUGUUUGUGCUGCGACAAGAUAA